AUGAAGGCGAAAGUUCCAAGAAACUUCAAAAGCCCUGAUAUAAACCUCUAUGACGGAACCACAAACCCGAAGCAUCAUUUAAGCAAUUUCAAAAGUCGGAUGUAUCUGGCUGAUGCUUCUGAUGCAACCCGCUGCAAAGCUUUCCCAACUACCCUGUCGAAGGCAGCUAUGAAGUGGUUUGAUAGCCUCCCUCCCAGGUCGGUUACCAGCUUUGAGGACCUCUCGAGAAAAUUCCUAAUGCGGUUCUCCAUCCAGAAGGAUAAAGUAAAUCACGCACCGAGUCUCCUGGGAGUUAAGCAGGAGGUCGGGGAACCUCUACGUGACUACAUGGAAAGGUUCAACAAAGCGUGCUUGGAAAUUCAAGACCUGCCCACAGAGGCAGUUAUCAUGGGAUUAGUAAAUGGACUUAGAGAGGGCCCCUUCUCUCAGUCCAUAUCAAAAAGGCACCCCACCACUUUGAGUGAUGUACAAGAGAGAGCAGAAAAGUACAUCAACAUGGAGGAAAUUGCCAGACUACGGGAGCCCAGGUGGCGACAUGGGCCUCCUCACUCAGCAAAAGAGAGAGAAAGGGAGCCCAAGAAAAAGAGGAGGUCGGUACGGACAGGCCGAGGAGAUAACACUCCUAUACUCCUCUAA